AUGGUAACGUGUACUGACGAUGACUCAACUCAAAAGUUCUUUUCUGGCUGCCCGGCUCUUGAGACAAUUUGUUUUGAUGAAUGCGACUGGACCAAUCUGUCUAGAGUGUGUCUUCGUACUCCUAAGCUGUGGAAAUUGGAAAUAACUGAAUGUCUACGGAACUGCCAUGGCGAACUGUAUGAUUGCGAGGUCAUGAUUUUUGCACCUUCUCUUCAUUAUUUCGAUUAUAAUGGGGACUUCUUAAAUGACUAUUGUGUAUAUGACUCGCCACCUUUAAAUGAGGCAAAGAUUCAUUCGAGAAGAACAAAACGUUUUGAACAUCCGAGAAUAGUUUUCGAUCGGUUAUAUAAGCUUUUGAAUGGGAUCUCUAACGUGAAACAGUUAAUACUCUCAAAUGACACAGUCCAGGGACUUAAUCAUGCGGCAGAUCUUCUACCAUAUAUGCCAUGUUUCAGGAAUCUGUCCACCCUAUCAUUCACAUUCAGUAAUCAUGUCUCAGAAGUCGACUGUGAAGCACUAAUGAAGAUAUUUCCAUGCUUUUCGAGUCAUGAGAAUCUUUGUUAUAAAAUGGUAAAUCUGCAUAUUUUCUCUAUCGCGUUUGACUUUGUGCCGCGUACUUACUAA